UUUCUGGGUAAAUGGCCCAACCAGAGAGUUCUGCAGAUUUUGGCAUAGCUCAACAAAAUAACUAUUACUGCUACUGGCAAAGUCUCCCCUCUCCUAUUAGAGUGAAGCAGGAAUUCCAGCCCAGCCAGAGUUACCGCUAUGGCAACUGGUAUGCGCGACAGCACAGCUCUUACCUUCUUUCUGGCUACAGCUAUGGCUGUGCAGUGGAUGGAAAUGGACAGGACUGUUUUUCUGCGCAUGAGACUCCUGAACACACAGCUGAAACUCUGGUUAUGCCUAAGGAAACCACAACUCUAGCUGAAAACCAAGAUGAAGACCCACUAGAAGUGAUGUGGUCUCAGUAUGUUGCCCAGGCUGAUCUCAAACUCCCAGACUUAAGCAAUUCACUGGUCUCAGCUUCCCAAAGUGUUAAGGUUACAGAUCCACAUCUUCAUUUAAAUAUUGAGGAAUCAAACCAAGAGUUUAUGGUGAAAAGUGAAGAACUCUAUGACUCCCUCAUGAAUUGCCACUGGCAGGCUCUGGACACAGUUCACUCUGAAAUUCCAGAUGAGACCCCGAAGUGAAGCAAGGUGUUCAUUAAACUCCGCAAUUAUCAUA